AUUUAACGCCGCGGUCACUACUUAACUCAUUAACUGGAUCCCAGCACAACCAUGGAAGCGUACGACAAGACCUACCACUACCAGUGCUCCUCCAUUUCACCGUGCUCUUCUCAACCGCUGCGUGCAGCGUGCUCCUAGUCAUAGCGCCCCCGCCCACUAGCUGAGCCACCGACUUGUUCCGGGCCGCCGCGGGGCAGGGCAUGAAAGCGACGACGUGGCGCGGCGCGCCGGGGACCCUACCGGCCGCCAGCGCCAAGGAGAAGAGGAGGAAGCAAAAAACGCCCGCGCCGCGCGGCUUGAUGUGCGGCUGCGGCAGCACCAGGUCGGUCUCCGUCGACAUCUCCGCCGCUGUCACGACGGCGGCGCGGACGAGGCGACGCGUUUCCACGGCGGGGGAGCCAGCAUCUGCGGCAAAGACGACGACGACGACAGGCUGCGGCCGCGGCGCUGACGAAGCGAGCGCCGAGGGCACGCCCAGCGUGGACUCGCUUCUGCGGCAGCUGCGGGAGCUGGAGCGCGGCGUCCGCGCGCUGGGCCUGGGCGUCCGGGAACGGGAGGAGGGCGGCGGCGCGGCAUCAGGGACGGCGACGACCGCGGAAACGGCGGCAAGGCCCCGCCGGCACGCGCGGAGCGCGAGCGUCGUGGAGCGGCUGGACUACGGGAGCGUGGCGGUGGUGACGGAGUCGGCGGACCCGCUGCGCGACUUCCGGCGCUCGAUGGCGCAGAUGAUCGUGGAGAACGGCAUCACCGGCGGCGCCGAGCUGCGCGAGCUCCUGCGCCGGUUCCUCGCGCUCAACGCCGCGUGCCACCACCACCUCAUCCUCCGCGCCUUCGGCGACGUCUGGGAGGAGAUCUUCGCCGCCGCCGCCGCCGGCCGCGAUGGCGGUAGAGCUAGCAAACGGCCACGCGGUCGCGCUGGCGCUGGCGCUGACACUCUAAGCUAGCCACCCACAGUCGUCUGUCGUCUCGUCCAUCCUACUACUACAAUAAUACUUACUCUCCUCG